CGACAUCCUCCUCGGCUUUCCGAGUUUCUCAUAUCACCCCGACGAGUUUGCGGCCGGAGAUCAUAUAGGCUCAGGUAAUUCGUAGCAUCUCUCUUCAUCCCCCCAUCAACCAUGGCCUCCCCCGCUUCAGUCGCCGUUCAUGAAGCUCUCAAAUCUCCACCUUUCCUUACCGUCGACGGUCUCUUCAACUUCCGAGACGUCGGAAACCAUUAUGCUGCUGGUGCUGGCCCUGAACCCUCGGAUGCGAAGCCGCUUUUCGUGAAACCAUCCUACCUCUAUCGCUGUGCCGAGCCCUCGCAUAUCACGCCUAAGGGGAGGGAACAGCUCAAGGAGCUGGGUGUGAAGAAGGUCUUCGAUUUCAGGUCGGAGUUAGAGAUCGAGAAGUAUAAGCAGGGGCCGAUGGAUGUCGAGGGUGUGGAGGUGGUGCAUUGUCCUGUUUCGGAGGAGGAGAAGUACGAUCCUGUUAGUCUUGCGAAACGUGUCCAAGACUUUGGUUCGGAUUCGACUCAGGCAUUCGCGAAGCUAUACGAGGGUAUCCUAGAGGGAGGUGGCCCUGCCUUCGAAGCCGUCUUACGCCACGUGAAAGAUCAUCCAGAUCAACCGUGUGUGGUUCAUUGUACAGCUGGAAAGGACAGAACGGGAGUCUUCUCCGCCGUGUUUCUCAAGCUACUGGGCGUGAGUGACGAAGACAUCGCCAAAGACUACAAUCUCACCGAGAUCGGGCUGGAACCGCUCAUGCCGGCUCUCAUCGCGCGGUUCCAGAAAGAGCCUCGGUUCAGAGAUAACUGGGAGGCCACACUGAAGAUGGCGAGUGCGAAGCCGGAGACGAUCCUGAAGACGUUGAGCAUCGUUCAAGAGAAGUACGGGAGUGUGGAGAGCUACCUGAAGGCGAGGACGAGUUUGACUGACGAGGAUCUAGAGGCUAUCAAGAAAGGCUUGCUGAUCGAGUCCUAGGUGUGCUGAUAGUAACAAUGUAAAAACACGUAGAGGACAAGAACAUACUAGCCAUGUUGUACUAGAGGAGAUUGUAUUGAUACCCAAUACAGUUGCUAUGGAAUACUAGUCGUUUAUACAAUGGAAAAUACAUUCAAUCCAUA